GUAUCCAGAGAGCGGCAGCACUGCGGCAGAGUGUGCGCCAAAAACACACAGAAGAAAACAUGUCCAAGAUGGCGGCUGUUAUGGAAAGUGGGGAAGAUGCAUUCAAACAGCUUUUCAAGUUUUAUAAGCGCAGAAAACCCCCGCCAGACUUCAGUGAGGUGAUCGACUUCUCCGGGAAACUUUGCUCUGGCAAGGUGGUUCCGAUCAAACUCAACCUCACUGCAGUGUCUGAUGCCUCCAUAGUGGGUCUCAGGCCGGCCCAGGACUGGAGAGCCUUUGGCCUGCAGGGAUACCCAGGAUUUGUAUUUAUCUCUAACCCCUUUCGGAAAGGCUCACAGCCCUUCUGGAUCCGACAGUGCCUGAAGACGUAUCCACAGAAGCCCAAUGUGUGUAACCUGGACAUGCAUAUGUCCCCUUCUGACACCCAGGACAUAUGGGAGCGCAGUGUGCACAGCCUCAGUUCACCAACCCCACCCAGACGCCAAGAGAAGAGUCUGCUGGAGCGACUGCGCUGGGUCACCCUAGGCUAUCACUACAACUGGGACACUAAGUUGUACUCUGAAGAUCAUUACACCCCUUUUCCAGCUGAUCUUCAGUUACUGUCGCAGCAAAUUGCUCUGAGCUGUGGCUUCAGUGACUUCAGGCCUCAGGCAGGAAUCCUCAACUACUACAGGAGUGACUCAUCUCUGGGCAUCCACGUGGACGAGUCUGAGCUGGACCACAGCCGCCCUCUCAUCUCAUUCUGUUUUGGGCAGUCGGCCAUCUUUCUCCUCGGGGGUAAACAGCGUCAGGACCCCCCCACAGCCAUGUUCAUGCACAGUGGUGACGUGAUGGUGAUGUCUGGACAGAGCCGCCUCCUGUACCACGCCGUUCCUCGGAUCGUUCCCGCUCCCCCAGGCCUCCUCCCCUCCGAGCUCCAGAAUUCACCCACUUCCCCAGACACGAACUCAGUGGUGGAGCCCGUGUCAGAACAGGACUGGACCGUGUGUCUCAGGUAUAUAGAGAGCUCCAGGAUCAAUAUGACUGUCAGACAAGUGCUGGGGCCUGGGCAGAGCUUUCCACAGAGCUGACCAUGCUAAGACUUAAACAUCAGGACAAAUAAAAAUAAGUGACAUUUGGAUUCGUAUUAGUAUGGACACUUAAGAAGAGGAUUUAUUUUAAUGCGCUUUACCAUUCAAAUGUGCAAUAUGUAUUUAUUAUUAAAGAGUGGAUGGUGCAAUGUU